UUUGUCUGAAAGGGUAGAGGAUUCCUUGAAAGAUAUAUUUUUUUUUCAUUGGGUUGUCGGCGGCGGUGGUAUUAAUGGCUGAUCGUAGUUUGGUUGUCAAACAACCAAUAUGGAUGAAGCAGGCGGAAGAGGCGAAGUUGAAGAGUGAGGCUGAGAAAGCUGCGGCUGCCAAAGCUGCUUUUGAGGCCACCUUCAAGGAUGUUGAGAAGAAGGCGGACAAAGAGUAUGCUUCUUCGGAUAGUGAGGCAGAAGAGGUCGAAGAAUUGGCUAACAAGCCUAUUGGGCCUGUUGAUCCUACAAAAUGCACGGCCGCUGGUGCUGGGAUUGCUGGUGGCACUGCUGGUGCUCCUUCGUCUUUUGUUGUUGUGACAAAAGACAGCGAUGGUAGGAAGAUACUCACCGGUGGUGCUCAGCUUAAAGUCAAGAUCUCCCCUGGGGUUGGGGUUGGAGGUUCUGAUCAGGAAGGGAUGGUGAAGGAUCAGGGAGAUGGGAGUUAUACUGUAACUUACGUCGUUCCGAAGAGAGGGAAUUACAUGGUGCACGUUGAGUGUUAUGGGAAGUCCAUAAUGGGCAGUCCCUUUCCAGUGUUCUUCAGCCACGGUACUACUGGAAGCUUGCUGGGUAUGCCAUCUACAGUUCCAUACCCCAAUCUUGUUAACCAGACAAUGCCCAACAUGCCAAAUUAUUCAGGAUCUGUUUCGGGACCUCUUGGAUUAGCUGGAAUGAUCCAAGGUAUUGCUGCUGGUCCUUCGGGAGGUGCAUUGUUGCCUGGCUUAGUAUCCCUUGGAGAAGUUUGUUGGGAAUAUCUGGCCGGGCGAUGUGUGAAAACUGACUGUAAGUUUAAUCACCCACCCCAAAAUUUGUUGUCGACAUUGGUGAAUUCCUCAACCAACAUGGGGACUUUGAGUCCUGCUGCUGCUGCAAUGGCUGCUGCUCAGGCAAUUGUUGCUGCACAAGUGCUUCAAGCUCAGGCACAGGGCCAACCUCAAUCAGCGAGAGAUUCAUCUGUGAUGAUGCAGCAGGCAGUUGCUUUGCAGCAGAUGCAAUUUCAGCAGUCUCUUCUUGUGCAACAAGCAACAAUAAAUUCACAGCAAGCUGCUAAUCGAGCUGCAAUGAAGUCUGCAACUGAAACUGCAGCUGCCAGAGCCGCAGAGAUAAGCAAGAAGUUGAAAGCCGAUGGUCUGGGUGUUGAAGAGAAGGAACCUAAACAAAAAUCCAGGUCACCAUCCAGUUCUCGUCCAAGAUCAAAGUCCAGGUCAAGAUCACCCAUCAAAUACCGAUGCAGCCGAAGGUCCCGUUCGCGCUCUCCUCUGACCCACCAUUCAAGGGAUCGUAGAUCCAGAUCUCCCUUGGGAUAUCGACAUCGCGCCAACUACAGUAAUGAGUGGAGGUCACAUAGAGAAAGCAGGGAUAUCAGAUCUGGAAGACGGGAAAGAGAGAGAUUACAUGAUCGUUAUUCCUCUGUCUCAAGGAGGAAUAGGAGUAGGAGUGUUACUCCUCGAACAAGAAAAUCAUCACGGGCUGGUUCAAUCUCUCCAAAGCGACAUCAAGAAAGUUUAAGCCCCAGAGCGAGGAAAUCAUCUCGUGCUAGAUCAAGGUCACCAAGGCAUCACAGAGGUAGUAAGUCAUCCCCAAGACGCAAAAAUGGGAGCACCUCAAACCAAAGAAGACGCUCAAGAUCUAAAUCUGCUGAGGGCAGGUCCCAUGCGGAUGAUAGGAAAGAUAGAAGCAGAUCUGAGAAGUUGAAGCUUGAUGGCAAAAAGACUGAGAAAACCGAGGAUGCUAUGAAGGAAUCCAAUCUGACAGUGAAGGAUUCAAGGGAGAUGAGAGAAGAUGGAAUUUUAGAUUCAUCAGCACCAACACAUAAAAACUCGUUAUCAGAGGAUGAAGCUUUAAUAGAAGGAAGAGAUGUAAGUAUGCAUAAGAAGUCUAGGCUUGAUGACAGACAUUCUGGGAAGCCUGAGGCUGCAAUAAAGGAUCAGGAUUUUGGUGAGAACAGCUCGAUGGAUUUGAGUGACGAUAAGAGUUCUGCAAAGUAUCUGGUGUUAAAAUCACGUGAGAAGAGUUCAACAUUUGGGGACGAUAGGGCUCAUUCAAGUAUCAAGGAGUCAAGCAGACAUGAAAAAUCAACUUCUGCACAAAAAAAGCAUUCAAUAACCAACACAUCAAGAAAGGAGCGGGAUUCUUCUGACAAGGAUAGAAACCAUGCCCAUGGUGAGGAUUUGAGCAGGCAUGGAAAAUCAAAUUCAGCAUCUAGAAGACGUGAGAAAGAUGAUCCAGUUAGAACGGAAAAAGAUUCUUUUCAUGAUGAUUCAACAUGUACAAGGGAAGAUAGAAGAGCCAUGGAUUCUUGGAAGUCCAAAUACCACAAGCAUAGUUCAAGGCAUUCAGGGGAUAGUUCCUCUAGAGAUAUAAAGGAUCGACACAAAUCAGACAAAUCAAAGCUGCAGGAUUCUAAACUUGAAAGAUCUGCUUCUGCAAUGAAGGGAUUUACAUCGGUUAAUUUUGAUUCAUUUGGUCAUGGAGAGGAUAAUACUGUCAGUUCCCCAGAGCUGAAGACUCAUAUGUGUUCACCUGCAGUUGAAGAUGGAACUUGUAGGGGUGCAGAAGAUCUUAGUAGGCAUGAAGAGUUGAUUAUGGAAGACAGGAAACUGGAAAGAAAUGAUUUCAUCCCCCAUGAAGAAGGCUGUAUAGAUGGCAGUUUUAGGGAAAGAGGAGAAGAUGUUAAUGAUGCAUCUUGUUCUAAGUUCAAGACCCAUAUCAGAAGUCCAAGAGGUGGUAUAACCUAUAUGGGCACAGGAGAUUUGAACAUGCUUGAACAGUUUAAAUUGGAGCAUGGAAAACUAAAUGAACAUAGUUCCCUCAAUGAUCAUGAUUUUACUGAUUCUGAAUUUACUGACGUGGUAGGUGAUGAGCAGCCUCGCAAAAUAGGUUGCAUAUCAAAUGAACAAGAAUCUGGUAAUAUCUCCGAGGACUUGAUGGAAGAUGAGAUGAUUCCACCAUCUUCCAAGCUGGAGACUAGGAAGAGAAGAUCAUUGGCACCCGAUGAACACUCUAAUGAUGCAGCCAAUCUGAGGAAGGAUGAAAAUUCAAUGAUGGACUGUGGUGUGUUCGAUAUAAACGAGGACAGAGACUGUACUGGUGAAGUGUCAUCUGAUGUCAAAUACAAUACGGAACCUGUUUAUUUCCCACCUUUCACCAAGGGACAAGAGUAUUAUCCAGAAGGUUCAGUGGAAGACUAUGAGAGGUAUGGGGGUGUGGAGGGUAAAGGGGGACAUGAAAAAUCAAGCUCAGAGGAUGGAAAUAUUGAGAGGAACAACCACCAAGAUUACACUGGUGAUGAUUAAACAGACCCGAUGGACGCUGAGAAGGCUGCAGAUUGCCUGUGUUGAAGACUCAAAAGGGAAGUUCAACACCUAAGGUUGAUAGGAUUAUUAGGGUUUCGAAGGAGUUCUAUAGAUGCAAGGCAAGCGAAAUUCUAACUGGACCAGGGAUCAGUCUUUGAUUCAAGUGUUUCUUCUGCAGGAGAUGAAGCAUGGCAUUUAAGAUAGGCGUUUGAGUUGGUACUGAAGAGCACAUCAAGAUUCUUUUAAAAACAUGUCACCUAGUUUGAGUUCUGGAGAAAUGAUCUUGUCUUUCCAGGAACAAGAGCAUUCUGUGGAUAUCUUAAAUUUCUGUACUAAGAAUUUUGGUGUCACCUCUCUCAACUCUUCAUAAACAUUCUUGUGCAUCUUUUGCAGGUCUGAGAAAACUGCACGGAAGAGAUUGUAGGAGCAGACCUUGGUUUGGUCAAAGUGAUUCCAAGGAGUGCACUGUAUUCCAUGCAUCCAGGAUCUAUCAUGCAGUGUUUGUGACAAACUAAUUUUGCUGCUUAAUGUGUGUUGAAUUAUUAUCUAUCAUUUGGUAGUGGAGUUUUUAUCAAAGGGCU